AUGGUAGCGCUUCUUCACGUCGUCGUCUUGGCCGCUCUGGCCGUCCUCGCCGCCGCUGUCCCUGCCAAAGAUACUCCAAAGUGCUGUGGACGAUUUGCGCGAGCUCGCCCUCCGGCCAAGUCAUUGGUCGUUGAUGCUUCAGGAAAACAUCCUAACAGCUUCACUCACCUCAAUGACGCCAUCCUUGCCCUGAAGAACACUACGAAAGAGCAGACCAUCUUCAUCAUGCCCGGUAUAUACGUCGAGCAGGCCCUAAUUCCGAAUCACAUUGGACAUCUUACUAUUCAAGGCCACACCUGCGACGCUCGUUCUUACGAGGGUAAUAAGGCCACUCUCACCAAUAGGCUGUCGCGUACCAUGCCAAACAUUACGACUAAUGACGCGACCGCCACUCUCCGUCUAUGGGGAGAGAAUAUCAAGAUCUAUAACCUCAACAUUGCCAACACAUUCGGACGGGCCAAGAAGAACGGCCAGGCCCUCGCAGUCAGCGCCCAGAACACAAACCUCGGCUUUUACGGCUGUAAGUUUACCGGAUACCAGGAUACCAUCUACGCAAACGAGGGGAGACAGAUCUAUGCCAAAUCUUUCAUCAACGGCGCCGUGGACUUUGUCUUUGGUACGAGAGCUUCUGCGUGGUUCGAGUCUUGCGAUAUCCAGACCAUCGGUAAAGGCUACAUCACCGCCAACGGCCGCGACACCGCCGACAACCCGUCUUUCUACGUUUUCAACAAGGCCAACGUCACCGGCACUAGCGGCCCAGCGUCCGUCACACUCGGCCGGCCGUGGCGACCAUUCUCGCGCGUCGUUUUUCAGAACAGCGCCCUCAGCGACGUCGUAAAGCCCGUUGGAUGGGUAGCCUGGAACGAUUCUUCAAGAACAGACAAUGUUUAUUACAAAGAAUAUGAGAACACGGGUCCCGGAUCCGAUGGCUUGAGAGCUAACUUCAGCUCCGAGCUGUGUGCACCUAUCAAACCAGUCACUAUUCUGGGUAAGGGAUUUGAAAAGGAGUGGUGGGUUGAUAUGAGCUACUUGUAG